AUGGAGUUGUCCCCGCAAGACCAAGAGUACUGCCGCGACCUAACCAUGCAGCUGCUGGAUCGAACUCUCUAUGACUGUGAGGAGCUCGGUUUGGGAGCGACACACGCUGGAAGACACGCGGACUUAAACGGUGCGCGGUGGAAGAAACUUCAAACCCAUCCGGACGUGACACUGUAUGCUGACCGAAGCCCGAACUCUGCUUUUCUACCGGGCAUGAACCGUGAAGACUGGGAGCAACCGGUUGCGGUGGUGACUGUGGGUCAUUUGAGCUACUCGCUGAACAACUUGCUCCUCGCUUUGUUGACGCCAACUGUCGCUUCGAUUCGUCUUCGAGGUGUGCUCAUGGGUCGACGACCCGAGAAAGACCUGCAGCUCGUUCCUAUUGUAAAGUCUACAGAGGCGUCUCCUUUCCAGUUUCUUGGCGUCUUACGCUUCGUGAACACACAGCACUGGCCGUUGACGAUGUUUGUGGACCCUCGAGAGAUGGUCCUUACGCUUGCCACGGGCGAAGUGGUCACAGCAAACGGGAGACGCUACGGCUACGAGAUUUUCUUGUCCGUUCUAGAAACACGAGUUUUCUGGGAGCAGCCUGAUGGAUCUGUAGGCAUCUACAGCAAGCUCAUCGUGGACAUCAGAAGCCAUUUGCCCGAGUCAAUUAAGCAGGGGAUGCUUUGUCGUGGAGUGAUGCGAUUCUGGAAAUUUAUUCCUCGUUGUAUCGAGACGAAAAAGCUGCGCUGGUGUUUAAAGCAUAAGAAGGUAUUAAUCCGCGAGCUUCAGAGUCAGCCUCAGGUCAUGGGAGGCCCUGCUAGCUGUGGUGGGUGUGGUGUAAUGACGUCAAAACCCGUUUAUGGAAAGCCAAGCAAGCGUGAUGAGAUCCGAUGCAGACUUUGCGAUGCAUGGCUGUGCUGGAAAUCGUCCUGCCGUGCGUCUUGUCAAGUCACAGCAGUGGUAAGCGAGAGAAAGAAUAUAUGCGAGAAAGAGAUAGCGCUCUGCCCUCGCUGCAUUAUCUUCGUGCAACACCAAAGGGCUGCCACAAUCGCGCGCUCGGAUCUGGCGGAAACUCUCCAGACAACUAAAUAA